GUCCAGUUCCACCAAUAAAGCAGCCUUGUUAUUGGGCGGUUUGCCAGGGCUUGAAUGACUAACGUCUUUGGCCGCAUUGCAACUCCACUAUCUGCCUCUGAAUGUGACGUUGAGGACGUGUACCUGUUCCUUUGUUAUUGAGGAGUUUGGUUCGAGGUCAGCACCGAGAAGAGGGAGAGGGAGAGAAAAGACAAGCAGAAGUGAGGAUCUGAACAGUUGACACACAACCCAUCCAUCCACGCCUCUUCAAUACUCGGGAGAAUCUAGUUGGCCCAAACAUGGCCGCGAUGAGUCACCUACACCAGCCUCAGCCGAAUGGACAUGAAGAGCCACCGCAGACAAUACCGCAGAAGAGCAAGAGCAUCAAAGCGGUAACGGGAAUCAGGUCCUCGACGCUCUCGCCGCCGCAGGUCCCCUCGCUGCUGGACAAGCUCGAGGCUCUCCUCCCCUACUCCAUCCCGCUGCUGCGCCGGAUCCAAUUCCACCUGCACCAGCCCGUGUCGGAGUCGGCGAGGAUCUUUGUCGCCGUCGCCACCGCCGCUGACGCCGCGCGGGAAGAAGGGCGCGGGGUGGAGGGUGAGACGCCGACGGCAGGUGAUGGGGAGUCGGGGUUCGUGGAUCGGUGGUUGAGAGGGUCUUUUUCAUCGCAGGGGAGAGGGCAGGACGAGAAGAAGAGCGCAGAAGAGAGAGGUGAAAGGGAAAUGCCAGCAGACUCGCAGCCCUGGAUCGCGGCACACAUCGACCUGGCCAACCCGGGCCAAUGCCAGGUCUGGCUCUUUGCGAGCUGGGAGGCCGACGCACGAUAUCCAUUCCCGUCGUCGACGACGGCUUCAAGCACCGCCUCAGAAUCGGCGUCGGCUUCGACAUCGCAAACACCAUCCCCAAGUCCUCCGUCCACCACCACCACCACCUCUCCCCCGUCCCGCGCCAUCCACAGCGCCCUCAUGCGCUCGCUCUUCGCGUGCAUCCGCGCCGACCUCGUGCCGCAGCUCCCGACCGCGCCGCCGGCCUCGUGGCUCGAGCUGCAGCGCGCGGGCAAGUACCUCUCGACACCGUACUCGCGGAACAAGGUCCUGUUCGGGACCGUGAGCGAGAAGCUCUGGGGCCAUUUCCCGGUCGAGGCCAGGACGCGGACGGACGACGGGUACUGGAAGUAUCUGUUCCGGGUGGAGGAGGAACCACCACCACCACCACCACCACCACCACCGACGCCGUCCGCGACAAUAAUGUCGUCGUUAGCAUCACGAGAUCAACCUGGUGACAACACCAAGGGCGACGACGAUGACGCCGAACGAAUCAUAUCCUCCCCGCUACCAGCACAACUACCGCCCAUCAUCCCAUCUGCCUCCUCCCCGUCUGUUGGCACCCCUCCUCUCCCACCGGACUACCACUUCGGCCCCAUGCGCCCCUCGCACCUGCAGACCGUGCUGGACCGCACGCCCAUCCCGCGCACGCUGGACACGCUCCGCCAAUACGUCUCCCUGGGCCUGUUCCACAGCGAUUCCCAGCCUGUCGGAUGGGGCUUUCUGGGCAAGGACGCCAGCCUGUCGAGUCUGCACACCGAGCCCGAGCACCGCGGCCGGGGCCUGGCGGUGGCAUUGGGCCGGGAGCUCCUGAGGAGGCAGCAUGUGGUCGUUUCUCGGUCCGCGGCAGCGACAGCAGCGGAGAAGGGGGGUGAGGGUAGAUUAGAGGGCGCGGCGACCGAGUCUACCACCACCACCACCACCACCACCACCACCACCACCAAAACCGCCACCUCAAACAUCCACCGCCGCUACACCUGGGCGCACGCCGACGUCUCCCGAUCCAACACGGCCAGCCGCCGCGUCAUGGAGAAGCUGGGCGGCCGGCCCCUGUGGAUGGUCAUGUGGACCGAGAUGGACAUUGAGAAGGUCAUGUCCACGUCCUCGUCACCGUCCUCGUUAUCAUCAAGAUGAGGACGAGGAGGAGUUCUUCCCGAGAGGUGACGCGAGGAAUUCUUAGAGAAUCCCCAGAAAUCGAGACGGGAUCAGAUAUGAAUGAAAAGAAGAGACCAAGAUAGAAUCACGGCAUUAGCUUUUGAACGGCCAUGUUGGAAAGGCAUACACUUGGCCAUAGAUAUAGUAGGCAAUACACGUACAGUAGAUAUAGGCCAUACGCUUUCACCUCGAUCGAUCCCUCACAUGCCUUCGUAAUUUCACCCAAGACGAUGAUUACCAUGGGUGUUGCACCACGGAG